CUUACCCGUCCGGCCUGAACACAAUAACGAAAUGCCACUGCUACAGCUGCCGACCGCGUGUGGCGCCGCUGCGGCGUCGUCGGCGCCGGGCCCCUUCUCGCUCUCGCGGCCGCCGCCCUCGCGGCUGCGCGCGUCGCACGUCCUCUUCGCCUUCCCUCGCCUGAGGAAAUACGGCCGCCGGAACCGCGAGCCGGUACCCACCACCCUCGACGACGACGAGGACGAGGCCGAUGAGGACGACGACGACGACGUGGAGGAGGCGGUUGACGAGGACAUCUUUCUCAAGAACCGGCCCAAGCCGGCCGGGUUCGGCGUGGGGAAGACCUACACCACCGACGUCGAAGAGCAGCUUCUCCGGGAGAUGGGCAUCGGCGGCGCCGGGCGCAAGAGCAAAUCGGCUGCGCCCAAGAACCUCAAAGCCAACGGCUCGGACACAGAAACCGGCGCAGAUCGCAGUAAUGAUGGCGUUCAUGUUCGUAUUUGGAACCUCCCGAAAAAGAAGAACAUACAUAAGGACCUGAACCUAGCUUUCAAAGGGUUUCCUGGCCUGGUAACUAUAAAUCCAGCAAACUCUGGAACUAAGAAGACCCGUGAUCCUAUUUGUAAGGGCUUUGCAUUUGUCAAACUGGAGUCAGUGGAUGCUGCAACGAGGUUCGUUGAACUGUACUCUCGUAAAGCUGUGUCGUUCGGUAAGGUUGAGAAGCCAAUCAAGUGCUGUAUUGUUGAAGGGCACGUCUCGACGGAUCCUUCAGGUCCAGCAUCCAGUAGUCAGCCACCAGGGUCGAACCCACAACGGUUGGUAGCCGUAAGAUGAGUGGCACAGUUGAUCUGUCGUCGAUCCAGUUGCCACUCGGUACUUCGACUGAAGGAGAAUUCCGGGAAGAAGGUUCGCUACACAGAUAUCGGCAUGCUUCGCUCAAGAUUGCGAAGAUACAGACCGUCUGGUCGGAAUUCCCGGUUUUAUAGAUGAUAUCAAGCAUUGACAUUGGUAGGAAACCCUUUCUCCAAUGGGUUUAUUUAGAAGAUAGGCAGGGAUAUUAGACUCGGUUCCUUAAGGUAUGCAGUGGUUUUUUUAGUUAAAUUUACGUGAAGGGAUUGUGUCUAAAUUAGGUCCACUGUUUCGGAGAAGGAUUUGAAUCUGAAUCCGCAGCGUCGUUAUAAAUCCCCAGAUUAAAGUUGCUUCAAAGAUGAUUGCGGUACCUGGUCCGGAUGAUAAAGGGGUGAUGUUUGUGGGCUAAA